AUGAGACGGUUUGGCAUCGGCGACAAUGCUCGGCAGCGCAAACGCCAUGCUGGUGGAUUCCUCUUCGAUAUCCAAGCACCCAAGCUCUCAUCUAGCACGUUCCUCACCCCCCCCAUUGGGCACCUCUCUACCUUCACAUUCGUCUCCGACAAGCUACCGGUACAGAAUGAUGGCCCACCUGCUUUGGCGCAUAGUGGCCCCGGAGGAAAGUCUGUGAUGCUCAAUAGCGUUAUAAUCAAACUAGGUGCCGAGAAGCUUGCCGAUGCAUUCAAGACACCCUUCCGCGGCAUAUGUCUUAAAGACGCGGAAGCUCAGAAUGAGGAAAACGUCGCGGCCGAACCCAUUCACGAGUCCUUGCCCGAAAGCGAUACAGGCUUGACAUCGACAGCACCCCAACCGGACAAGCCGUCCAUUUCUCGGCGCCUUCGAAAACUCUUCAACGAGUUCCCGAUACUGCCAUGGAAGAUGAGAUGGCGUGAGCUCUUCCUACGGGAAAGUAUACGCCUGGACGGUCGCGCCGAGGCAUUGGGUCUAACGAGCUGCCCCGGGUGUCAUAAAGAAGGAUUUCCUGAUUACCGGUGCGAAGAUUGCCGUGGCGCGGACCUUUGCAAAGAUUGUACUCUGCACUGGCACCGGUACUCGCCUUUGCACAGAAUCGAGCGUUAUAAUGAAACGAAGGGGUUCUACGAGAAAGUGAAUGGGUCUGAACUGGGGAUUCGUAUUCAACUCAUGCACCGACCCGGCGAAGUUUGCAACUUUCGCUCCCUUCAUUCGAUAAGCGACUUCACCGUGAUACAUACCAAUGGCAUUCACCAAAUUCCUGUCGACUUUUGCAAGUGCGAACUCGGACGUGACAUUCCGUACCAUAUCCAGCUGAUGCGAUGGCGUUUCUGGCCUGCUACAUGCGAAAACCCACAGACGGCGACCACCUUCGAGGCCCUAGAUCUGUUUACGCGACUGUCAGUACUGGGCCGACUGAACGUGUACGACUUCUACCGUGCUCUGGAAGCGGCGACCGAUGCGGCAAAACUCAAAGGGGUCGCCUGUGUGAGGCAACAGUUGUCUAAUUGUGUUCGCCAAUUUCGCCAUAUCAUGAUGUUUAAGCGAGCUGGUCGAGGGCACGAACCUGGUGGGAUUGCCGGAACUCCAUCAGGAGCUUGUGCGGUCCGUUGCCCCGCUUGCCCGAACUUCGAGCUCAACGAGGAUAAAGACGAUACCGAGGGCCUAUAUUCGUGGCUUAAGCGCGUCAUCCUGGCGUUAGAUGCCAACUUUCGACUAUCCAACAAGUUGCGAUGUUCGUCAAAGGAGACAGACCCGCAUCUCACGGACGGCAAGGCAUACAUGGCACCUUGGAAGGACUAUGAAGCCCAUACAGCUGCAACUGUGAAGGAGUUGGCCCAGCCUUCCACGUGUAAUAAAUUCGCUGCUGUCGAGAUGGCGAAUGCAAGGGGUGGAAAGGGGCAACGUUCUACCGGCGUGGCUGCAUGCUUAUGUGCACGUCAUGAGAUAGUUCAACCCCUCGGCGUGGCCCCUUUGCGCAAAGGAGAGCGUUAUGAAUCGAUCGACUGGAUAUUAUGUGGCGCACUGUCGCAUAUUCAUGCUCUGGAAGUGACUAUCUCAUACGACGUCGUUUGCCAGUACUGCAAGAAACUUGCAGCUCGCCUCGCGCUCAUACCAUGUACGCGCGUUAUCUGGGCGGGCGCACAGACGUUUGCUUCACUACUCGGCGAAGGACGCAUCUCUUACGUGGUCCCUAAGUUCCACCUCUACGCCCACAAGGUCCAUUGUCAACUCCGAUUUGCAUUGAAUUGGCUCUUUGGAACGGCCGUUACAGACGGUGAAGCGCCGGAGCGCCUGUGGUCAAAUACCAACGCGGCGGUAUCAAGUUUACGCGAGAUGGGUCCUGGCGGUAACAACGACGUGCUGGAUGAUAUGUUCGGUGCAUGGAACUGGCAAAAAACGUGCCGCAUGAAUUCGUCCCUAUUGUUGCGAAUGGAUCGUGCGCUUGAUGAGGGCGAAAUGAUCACCGGUGUUUAUACGGAUCUUACCAGAGCGUUGCGAGCAAUGCAACCCGAGAAGCUCACCAAGACGGACAAUGCCGUCAAGGCUUGGGAUAGCGGCGACAAGACUAAGAUGAAGGACUCGCAAUGCCCAUACUACGCGAAGAAACAAGGCGAGACGCGUAUUGACCUCAGGCUUUAUCAUGAAGACCCUACAGAUAAGCAGGCCACGGCGAGGACCAAGGCACUCAACGUAUUGGUUCAAUCCAUCAUCGGUUUCCGCGCGGAACAAGAAGCUUGUAUGCCAUCGACGCAUGCUACUUUGACGGACGAAGAACGGUAUCCUGACCGGGAGAGCGCCAUGACCGUCCAAUUGUGCUUGCCCUCGGACCCUCCAGACGGAGACGAGUUGCAUGUUCCUGCCGCGGCACGAGUAGUCGAGAGCAGGCUUCGGUGGGCGGCUAUGGUGGACGAGCUUGAUCGCCUCUUACACCAGUUGCGCUUGAAGGGCUGUCUACACAAGUUCAAGGUGGCGCACAUCACCGGUCAGAACAUGAGUAUCAGCGCUCAAGCCACGCAAGCCGCUGUCAACACCCACAUCAAGAAGGCUGCUGAUGCUUACAGGCGCCAUCGGGCUGCCUAUCUCAAACUCGAGGGCAAGGGUCCUUGGGAGGACACCAUGCGCGAGCUACAGGACUCGGAUUGUCGCUCCUUGGGCGAUAGGCUCAUCGAGCAGAUUGAGAAGAUGUCGCAUAAGCGUGUGACGGCUUUUCUCCAGGGAAAGCGGAAAGCAGAUUCAUCCGGCGAAACGAACUACAAGUUGCCAUGGAUUUGGUUCAACUGGACCGAGACAUCGGAUGAUGCGGUAUCCGACGAACUCAUGGCGGAGUGGGCCAAAUCCCGCGCGAGCGCCAUACACUGGGUGCAAGAAGUUCGUCUUGUCGACGCUGAAAUGCAACGCGUUCUGAACUUCAACGAAUCCAUGGCUCGCAUUUGGGAUUUACGUCGCGAUUGUCACGAAACCAUCGAUGUUGGGGAAGAUCAAGGGUGGGCUUGCGACGAUGGUUGGGUCGACGGUAUGCACGCUUAUGCAUCAAAACAAGCCUACAUCCGCAGAGCACAAGCCGAUAAGUGGCGCAUGGAGUUUGCUCCAUUGAGAGCGGAAGCACGGAGGUUCUUGGCGGUGCAUACGGACGACGGACUUUCCGUUGACCCCUCGACAAUACUGCCAGCCAGAGAAGUGGAGGAGAUGAAGCACCAGAUUCACACUCGUCGUGACAGGCGCAAGAAAGCGAAACGCCCUCGGCCAGCGAAGGACGACGCUACGCACAAAUCUGCGCCACGGGACGACGAGGACGAUUCUGACGAACCGGCACUCGGUGCUCACGAUGGUCAGGCAUCGAACAAGAGGAAGCGAUGCAACACAGCCAAGCCAAAGAGUAGCAGGAAGAGACAGCGAAAACAGCUCUCCGAAUAG